AUGUUGGCCAGUCUAAUGGUUACGCACUUGAGCAGACUUAUACAAAUCAUAGUCAGUCAGCACUUUGGCUCAUUAUGCUCAUUGCUCAUAGUGCACAACACCACGCACACUGGCAGUCGGCUACAAUUGGAUUACCUGGACGCAGUGCAGCUGGCAUUGCGUAAUUUCAGUGAGCCAAGCCUCUUGCAGUGGAUCAAUCUGGCCGAAUUGCCUGCGGAUGAGUCCAAGCCAAGUGCAUUUGAAUGGCAGCUACUGCGUGCCGUCAAUGACUCUGCCACCCAGGGCUUUAUUACGAUAUUGCCACAGACGUCGAGCUUUCUCCACGCCCGCUACUUUGCCACCCGCAAUGCCAAUGUGCGGCUUAAGGAUAAGCGGUAUCUGUUUCUCUGCGAGCACGAAGACCCCAACGAGCUGCUAAGCAUCGAAAUACUGCAAUUCUAUCCAGAGCAUCUGAUGGUGCGGCCGAGACGGCAAGCGCAUAGUAAAUAUAAACUUGGGGCAACUGAGAGUGGCGUAACCAGUGUGCCACACCCAUACCGCGACAUCAAUUUCGAGCUAUGGUCACAAAAGUUUGUCGGUGCCAGUGGAAAUUUGGAUGCCGAGCUCUUGGACGCAUUCUUGCCAAACGAAACUUUCGCCAAGCACGCCGAACUUUAUCCCAACAAGCUGCUCAAUCUGCAGAGUCGCACGCUGCGCAUGGGCUCCAUUACUUAUGUGCCAUACACAGUUACUAAUUAUGUGCCAGCUGGUGAGGGCAAUUGUGAUCCAAUUAGGCCGCACGAGGCCAAUCGCUCGAUUGCCUUCUAUGGCACCGAAGCCAAUCUUAUGCACACUUUCUGCGAAGUGCAUAAUUGUCGACUACGCGUCGAGGCUUAUGGCGCUGACAAUUGGGGCAGUAUCUAUGAGAACGAAAGUGCUGACGGCUUGCUGGGCGAUCUGUACUUGCAACGCAUAGAGUUGGCCAUUGGCUGCAUCUACAAUUGGUACAACAACAUAACGGAGACAUCGAGUACCAUAGCGCGAUCUGCAGUCACUGUGCUGGGACCAGCUCCAGCUCCGCUGCCUGCUUGGGUUACUGAUACGCUGCCUUUUGCCGCUGCUACUUGGAGACUGCUGCUGGCAACCAUCGCCGUGUGUAGCGUUGUGCUCUGCGUGCUGCGCUACUCGAACUACUUGCUGGCUACGCAUAGGCGCCCUGGUGGCUUUGACUUUGCCAACAAUUUGGCCAAGUCGCUGCUGGACAUAUUCGCGCUGUUCAUACAGCAGCCUUCAGCACCUGUGAUUUUCAAUCGCUUUGCCACACGCUUCUUCUUGGCCACGCUGCUGUCUGCCACGAUUACGCUGGAGAACAUUUACAGCGGGCAGCUCAAGUCGCUGCUUACUGUGCCCUUCUAUGGCGCACCAGUGGAUACAGUGCAGAAGUGGGCGCAGACGCAAUGGAAGUGGGCAGCGCCUUCAAUUAUCUGGGUGCAUACAGUGGAAAACUCCGAUCUGGUCAGCGAGCAGAUGAUCGCGCAGAGCUUCGAAGUGCGCGACUACAGCUAUAUGUACAACUCUAGCUUUGCGCCCAACUACGGAUUGGGCAUCGAACGCCUCACUUCUGGUGCCUUUACCUUUGGCAAUUAUGUGACACAUGAUGCUUUGGAGAAUCGCAUCGUGCUGCAUGACGAUCUGUACUUUGACUGGACUCGCGCUGUUUCCAUACGCGGCUGGCCGCUCAUGCCGCUGCUUAACCGGCACAUACGCCAGUGCCAGGAGUCGGGUCUCUAUGUGCACUGGGAGCUAACGAAUGUGGUCAAAUAUUUGGAUAAGAAGACGGGACAGAUUUUGUUCAACCAGGCCAGCGGGCAGGUGGCCAAGAAGGCACCGAAGCAACUCAAUGUGAACGACAUUUCGGCUGCACUCUUUGUGCUGGCCUUUGGCCUAACCAUUGCCGCCUGUGCUCUGCUGCUGGAGCAUAUGCAUCAACGGCUGCUGAUCCUGCAGCGCUGGUGCAACUAA